UGAGAGCAGUCGUAUCAGACAGAGAACACGUUUUCUUCAAGACGGCUGGAAUAUGGUAGAUAUUCUAACUGUAGCCGUGGCGCUGCUAUCUGUGGCCCUGUCGAUCUCUUUAUGCCUCAAUGUGAUCUUUUGCAUCAAGCGAAGAACUAUUUUGUGCAGAGAAAAAAAUGGAUCCUGCUGCCCCCACACUUCUGAAGAAGAAACCCUGUCACACAAUGAAGGGCAUUAUUUUCAUGACCUUAAUCAUCAAGAGCAGAGGGAAAAUCCCCACAAUCAUCAUGAGCAACAGGAAAAUCCAAUCUAUGGCAACAUCAGCACAGAGAGAAGAAGUUCUGCAGAGGGUUGCUAUGAGAUGAUGACCAUGCAACGCACAAGAGAAAGUAAGAAGCCUUUCCAGAAUGACCUGAAUUAUGCCUCACUGGACCUGAAGACUGCAAAGAAACGAAAGAAGAAGCAUCGCCAUCAGCAUAGCCAGUCACAGGGACGAAAUCAUUUCCCCGAACAGCUGUCAGUCCACCACACAUCUCCUCCGAAUACAUUCUUGGAGGUGGAUGCAGACAUGGAUGCUCAUCUUCCGUCCAGAGACACCAGCACCAUGGUUUCACACAGCAGCAUCUACCUCAACAGUCAACAAAUAGCUCAACAGACAGAGGAAAUGGAAAGAGAAAAGAAUCUGACGCUGGAGAGGAAUGUUGGUUGGAAUAGUAUGCGAAGGCGCGAGGAUGGAGGAAAUCAAGAGAGUGAAGAAAUGAAAGAUGAACAAGAGUGUAACAAUGGGAGUUUAUGUGAACAGCUUUCAGAAGUAGAAACCUUUCAGAGCUGCACAGAUCCUUUCAUUGGUAGCUUUAGCCAGGAUGGUCACCAGUACGGUUAAACAAACAUAUCAAGUUUUACUGUUUCGAACUGUUUUGAACUGAAAUCUAUAUCACCUGAAAAAGACUUUUUGGUUUUUAUUUUAUUUUAUGUGCAAAAAACAAACUACUGUCUAUUACUACAGCUGUAAAAUGAAACUACGUCACCUAAAAUAUUCAAACUGCUUGCAGGGUUGAGCAAUUUCCUCUCCGAGAUAGACAAGAUGAGGUCUCCUCAUUGAGCAACAGAGGAAGAAAAGUGUACCUUUCAUGCAGAGGGUGUAAUAAAUGUAAAUAAAGCUAAAAGGAAACUCUUUGCGUGACAUUUAGAUGUCAAGGCCCGUGUGGAAAUUUUUCAGUUUAUUGCAAAAGAUGAGGAAAACACCAAAUCAUCACAGGCCAUGGAAGAACUCUCACUGUUUUGAUGUCUCAUCAUCAUAUAUUACCAGAUGUCUCAUAGAAAGGUGUGAAGAAAUUAUUUCUUACAUUUGUUUUCCACGAUGUGGGCGCUGGCUAUGUGCUGAGAGGGAAUGUUUCACUGAAAAACUCGACAUGCUCAGCAUAUGUGAAACCGCCUCUCGGUAAUGCUAAGGGUGAAGAUAACAUUAACGUGACGAUAACGUUUAAAAAACAGAGAAGUAAAAACAAAAAAGGGGGGGAAGCUUUAAGUGGGACAUAAGUGAUGACAUUUUGUUUUCCCUGUGGGCACCUUACUUUGUUGUAAAUGUCAUGUAGGAUUUCACACGUCAUGGUUAUGACAAUGGUUGUUACUUUAGUAAUCUAUUGCACAUAUGAGCUAAUUUGCCAUCUGCUUAAAUGAUUAUUUCCCUCACUGUAAUCCCUUGGCAGGAUAAUUUACUGCCCGGCUAUCUGCCGAGGGAAUUGAGCUAUGGAGUGAACUCAGCAGUCAGAAGCCUGCAGCCCACUCUUUGUUGACAGUUUUUCAAUAGCUGACCAUGGCCUACUUCCCCUCUAUGGAUUAAAUUUUGCCCUUGGGCAUUUUGGAUGCAACUCUUGCAGACAUAUGGGAAUGUCACAAAAGAAACUUUUCACGGAUAACAGGCACCGUUAGUAACUGUCAUGUAUGAGGACAUAAAGGCAGUCAUUUAUACAGGAUGUUUUCAAAAUUAUAAAGUCACGCUUCUAUAAAGAAUCAGUUGUAAUUAGGAGCAGUUUAUCAUUUAA